CCCAUUUCAUCAAGCAGCACACUCGACGACGCCGAGACCCGACCGCGCCGACGAGCGGCCAGCCCAUUUUUGACAUCCAGGAGCACCCAGAGACACGCCAACCGACUUUGUAGACGGGCUUGUGCGCCGCGCGACACACACACGUGACAUAAUGUCAAGCCUGCAGCAGGCAGGCAAGCCGGCGCCUGGCGGAGCAGAGCAGCCGGGUCUGCGAUACCCCUCGAACGGCAAGACCAUCUACCACCGGCCGCUGAACCGGACAAAAGCAGGCGAACUCAGCGGGUCGGCGUUUGCAUACCUGUUUGCCGAGAUGGUCGGCUAUGCGCGCAAGGGAAUCCAGAGCAUUCAGGACCUGGAGAAGCGACUUAAUAUCCAAGGCCACCCAAUAGGCGUCAAACUCCUCGACCUGCUCCUGCACCGAGAACCCACGCGGUCACAGACCCGGCCGCUAAACAUCAUCACCCUGCUGCACUUUAUCAAGCUCAAUGUCUGGCAGCACCUUUUCGGCCGGGCGGCCGACGGGCUCGAGAAGAGCAGCGACGCGACCAAGCCCGACGAGUACAUGAUCAUUGACAAUGAGCCGCUGGUGAACCGCUACAUCAGCGUGCCCAAGGAGAUGAGCCAGCUCAACUGCGCGGCGUUCGUGGCGGGCAUCAUAGAGGGCGUUUGCGACGGCUCGGCGUUCCCCGCCAAGGUCACUGCGCAUAGCGUGGGCAAGCAGGAGGAAGGCGAGAUGUGGCCUGGCCGGACUGUGUUCCUGGUCAAGUUUGCGCCGGAGGUGAUGGAGAGGGAGGGCUUCUUGGGCAAAGGCUAGUCUGACGAAAUGGCAGAGGCAAGGACAGCUUCAAAGUCAGAAGUGAACAGAGAUUCCUCGAGGGAGAGGAGAGUCGUGCAUUGAAACGGCGUUCAGCGGACAUGUCAGGAUGGCGUCGCGUGGCGUUUUGGUAGACUUGCUGGUUUUAGGACAUGAAGAUUUGCAGGUACCAUUUGGCUGUGAAUAGCGUUCAACUUGGAUGGCAUCAAUGGCUUGUUCCUUCGAUCUUGAUUGUUCAUGAAGUGGGUGCGUCGAUCGUCUGUUGUACUGGGUGGCUUCAAGCCGGACGAGAUCAAACAGAUGCGCAUAAGUCAUGGCAGCGUGCUCCACAAAGUUAAGUGCCCUGCUGUGGAA